AUGACACCGGCAACACCAGCAGCCUCAGCAGCUAAGGCAUUCCGAACCUCCUUCUCAUCCAACCUAAUUCCAUUCAAUGGCUUGAGGCGCCUCGCCGUUAGCGGCGGCAGCGGGUGCAGCCCUAACGGGUUGCAAAGAGCCGUUGAGCGAAGAGCCGUUGAGGCGUCGGUGUCAGCGCGUGAGACGACGGAUGCGAAUGCAUCGACGGCCGAUGCGACGGGGCUAGGGAAGGCGAUUCGCGACGAUUUCCCGAUUCUGCAUCAGGAGGUGCCAGGCGGCCAGCCAUUGGUGUAUCUAGACAGCGCAGCAACUUCGCAGAAGCCACUGCAAGUGAUCAACGCCAUGGAUGAUUAUUACCGGCGCUACAAUGCCAAUGUGCACCGUGGUGUGCACUAUCUCAGCAUGUUAGCCACAGAGGAGUACGAGAAGGCGCGCGAGAAGGUGGCGCGGUUCAUCAACACAGCCCAGGGCCCCUCGGAGAUCGUGUUCACACGCAACGCCAGCGAGGCAAUCAACCUGGUGGCGUACUCGUGGGGCCUCUCCAACCUCGCCCCGGGCGACGAGGUGCUCCUCACAGUCGCGGAGCACCACAGCAACAUCGUCCCCUGGCAGAUUGUAGCCCAGAAAACCGGGGCGGUUCUGAAGUUUGCACCCCUGAAAGUGCCGGAGGCGGCGGAGAGGGAGGGGCAUGCGGCGGGCGCGGAGGUGGACUAUGAGCGACUGCUGGAGAUGAUUGGCGCGCGCACGAAGCUCGUGGCCGUGCACCAUGUCUCCAACGUGCUCGGCUCCGAGUCCCCAGUAGAGCAGAUCAGAGAAAAGGCGCAUGCAGUGGGCGCCAAGGUUCUAUUAGACGCAUGCCAGUCCGUGCCACACAUGCCGGUGGACGUGCAGCACCUGGGGGUGGACUUCGCAGCAGUCUCCUCACACAAGAUGUGUGGUCCCACGGGCAUUGGCUUCCUCUAUGGUCGAUCCGACGUGCUCGCCUCCAUGCCUCCCUUUAUGGGAGGAGGCGAGAUGAUUCAGGACGUCUUUUUGGACCAUUCCACCUACUCUGAUCCCCCCGCAAGGUUCGAAGCUGGCACGCCAGCCAUUGCGGAGGCCAUAGGGCUGGGAGCAGCAGUGGACUAUCUGACAGCUAAGGGCAUGGAUAACGUGCAUGCAUAUGAGAUGCAUCUAUCAGAGUACCUUUACAAGCAGCUCUCAGCCGUCGAUCGAGUGCGCAUCUACGGCCCUCCUCCACCGUCUCUGCUCCCGGGAGGUCCGACCGCCGUUCAAAGGGGGCGGGUGGCGGCGCUGUGCACGUUCAGUGUGCAGGGCAUGCAUGCCACCGACGUGUCCUCGUUCCUGGACCAACAGCACGGAGUGGGCAUCCGCAGCGGGCACCACUGUGCGCAGCCCAUUCACCAGCAGCUGGGCAUCAAUGCGAGUGCGCGGGCGAGUGCGUAUGUGUACAACACAAAGGAGGAGAUAGACACGUUCAUUGUGGGGCUCAAGGACACCAUCGACUUCUUUGUUAACUUCUCCUGA